AUGCUUGUUAACAUUCACAGUGAUGAAGAAGUGACAGUGAUGAAGAAUUUCGAAAAAACCAGAACUCACAAACUGCUUUGGGACAAAAUUGCCAGGGAGAUGGUAGCAAGUGGUUUGAAGUGCUCAUGGGAGCAAUGUGCUAACAAAUGGAAGGCAGUGAAGAGAGUUUACAUGGAAACGGUUGACCACAACAGCAAAACAGGUAAUGAUCCGAAAAACUGUAAAUUCUUUGAGGAACUUAAUCAGUUAUACGGCAAUAAGGACUCUACCAACCCAGCAUUUAUACUAGAUACACUUGGAAAUCAAAAUGACUCCAACGAUGAUGAAAAUGAUGAGCAUGAAGAAACAACCCCAAACCCAACACCAACAAAGGUACAGAAAAAAGGAAAGAAAUGUAAGACACCGAGUAAAACUCCUGGUAAAUCUUCAACCGUUCAGUUCCUUAAGGAAUAUACAGAAAAACAGGAAGAGUCACGAAGUAAGCGUCAUGAUGAAAAAAUGCAGAGGUUCGAUCGACUUUUGGAUAUAUUUGAAAAGAAACAGAAUUAG